AUGGAAGCCCUAGAGAAUAAAAUAAAAGAGAAAAAAACUUUACUUAAGGAACAUGAUGGUCGUCUCAGUUAUCUUCAAUCAAAUGGCUUCCAACUUGGAAACUUCUACUUGGUCUUUCAAGGAGUUAUUCUGACGGCAAUUGCAAGUGGUGACUCAGUCUUCAGAUGUUUAGACCGUAGCCUGCUCAUCAGCCUUUCUGCAUUAGCAACCCUCCCUAAUUUGGUUGCAUUGUAUUUAAUUGGAGAGGAAUAUAUAAAAAUCAUCACCCAGCGAGACGAGAUCUCGAUUCAGUGCGAUAAGGUCAAUAAUCAAUUAGUCAUGCUCAAGACAGGAAAAUCUCAAAAGGUUACCGUUGGAAAACGUGUUCAUAGUUUUAGAAGGCAUAUACGUAUAAUCUGCUUCGCCAUUUGCAUGGCUUGUUUUCUGGGCGUUUUCGUCGUCGUGGUUUUGGUUUGCAUGAAGACUCUUCGCAAACCAGGGGCUAAAUGUAAGCACUAA